AUGGGAAGAACGACGCUGAGAAAACUACUUCUAGCCUCUGCUUGGUUGCGCCUCUUCUAUCUUACUUUUGCAGAAGAUGUCCCGCCGACCAGUGACUUCCUAAGACGUAAUCAUGCAGCGGCCAUCGUCCUGGGCGACUAUCUUUAUAUCGACGGGGGAGAGGUGUCUCAUCUCGACAACGGGAAGAACUCCACCGACAAGCGCGCAUCCCACGCCCUCAACCAUACCCUCUCUCUUCCCCUGAAUAUAUCCUGGAACAACCAAACAGUGGCCUUCAAUAAGAUUCCCAAACCUCCAUCGGUACCUUCCCUCAACUGUCAAGCAGCCUGGCGUGAUCCUUCCGGGACGGCGUUCUACAUCUGGGGUGGUAUAACAUCGUACCGCACUCAGCCGCCACCUUCUGAGCUGUGGAAAUUCACAGCGGAUGGUUACGGCGGUGGCUCUUGGAAUAAACACGAAAAUAUCUCUUCUGUUUCUCUGGGCAAACAUGUUCGUACAUCACGUGGAGCAUGGACCCAAAGCAGAGAUGUGGGAUACUGGCUUGGAGGAUAUGGCACAGCUAAUACCGACACGAGCAUCCUCCCACCGCAAAGUUCAGAUGGUGAUAAGAACAUAUUUCUCGCUGUUCCGGGAAUUACUUCGCUCAAGAUGGCCAGUGGAGAGCUUACAAACUCCUCGUCGGUUGGCAUGGGGCCUUUUGGGACACUCUGGGGCGGCAGUGCUCACCACGUACCGUUCGGGGGUGGUGGUGAACAAUCGGACGGCUUGUGGGUUUGCUGGGAGGUGUAA